CUGUAUAUUUUCCAAGUGACAGCCGAAUUUUUGAUCAGUCAAAUUUGCUAGUGAAAGAAUCGAGGAGUGUAUUGAGCGCAAAUUAAAGAGAUUUUCGAAGUGAUUAUAGUAUUUUUCCGUGAAUACAACUGUGAUUUUUUAUUGUCAUAUAUUAUUUUAUUCUAAAUAAGUAGGAGUUCCAAAAUGAAGUUGUGCUUCUUGUUAGGGGUUAUAUGUCUCACGGUUAGUGUUCUAGCUAAGGAGGACAAGAAAGACAAAGAUGAUGUCGGUACAGUGAUUGGAAUUGACUUAGGAACUACAUAUUCGUGCGUGGGCGUAUACAAGAACGGUCGCGUAGAAAUCAUCGCUAACGACCAAGGUAACCGUAUCACCCCCUCGUACGUGGCCUUCACCGCUGACGGUGAGCGUCUGAUCGGUGACGCCGCCAAGAAUCAGCUCACCACCAACCCCGAGAACACGGUGUUCGACGCCAAGCGUUUGAUAGGAAGAGACUGGAGUGAUUCCGCCGUGCAACAUGACGUCAAGUUCUUCCCCUUCAAGGUCAUCGAGAAGAACAGCAAGCCGCACAUUAAGGUGGAGACCAGCCAAGGAGAGAAGAUCUUCGCUCCUGAGGAGAUAUCAGCUAUGGUGUUAGGUAAAAUGAAGGAAACAGCUGAAGCUUACCUUGGUAAAAAAGUAACCCAUGCUGUAGUAACUGUACCUGCUUACUUCAACGAUGCUCAACGUCAAGCCACAAAGGAUGCUGGUGUUAUUGCAGGUAUGACUGUUAUGAGAAUCAUCAACGAACCCACAGCAGCCGCCAUUGCCUACGGUUUGGACAAAAAAGACGGUGAAAAGAACGUGUUGGUCUUCGAUUUGGGCGGUGGUACUUUCGAUGUAUCUCUUCUUACCAUCGAUAAUGGAGUGUUUGAAGUAGUGGCCACCAAUGGAGAUACUCACUUGGGAGGUGAAGAUUUCGAUCAGAGAGUUAUGGACCACUUUAUCAAAUUGUACAAGAAGAAGAAGGGCAAGGACAUCAGAAAAGACAACCGCGCCGUCCAAAAACUCCGUCGUGAAGUCGAAAAAGCGAAGAGAGCCCUCUCCGCCAGCCACCAGGUCAGGAUCGAAAUCGAAAGCUUCUUCGAAGGCGACGACUUCUCCGAAACCCUCACCCGAGCCAAGUUCGAGGAACUCAACAUGGACCUGUUCAGGUCCACCCUGAAACCCGUCCAAAAAGUCCUGGAAGACGCCGACAUGAACAAGAAGGACGUCGAUGAAAUUGUGCUGGUCGGAGGCUCGACUCGUAUCCCCAAAGUCCAACAAUUGGUUAAGGAAUUCUUCAACGGUAAAGAGCCUUCAAGAGGUAUCAAUCCCGAUGAGGCUGUUGCCUAUGGUGCCGCUGUACAAGCCGGUGUGUUGAGCGGUGAACAGGAUACUGAUGCGAUCGUCUUGUUGGACGUCAAUCCUUUGACUAUGGGUAUCGAGACUGUCGGUGGGGUGAUGACUAAGCUGAUUCCAAGGAAUACUGUAAUUCCUACUAAGAAGUCGCAGAUUUUCAGUACAGCGUCUGAUAAUCAGCAUACUGUCACUAUUCAGGUAUACGAAGGUGAACGUCCCAUGACCAAAGACAACCAUCUCUUGGGUAAAUUCGACCUUACCGGCAUCCCCCCAGCACCCAGAGGAGUCCCCCAGAUCGAGGUUACCUUCGAAAUUGACGCCAACGGUAUCCUUCAAGUAUCAGCCGAAGACAAAGGCACAGGAAACAGAGAAAAGAUCGUCAUUACCAACGACCAAAACCGUUUAACACCCGACGACAUCGACCGCAUGAUCAAGGACGCCGAAAAAUUCGCCGACGAAGACAAAAAACUUAAGGAACGCGUCGAAGCUAGAAACGAACUGGAAAGCUACGCUUAUUCCCUUAAAAAUCAACUGGGAGACAAAGAUAAACUUGGCAGCAAGGUUAGCGGUGACGAAAAAGCCAAAAUGGAAGAAGCCAUCGACGAAAAGAUCAAAUGGCUCGAAGAAAACCAAGACACCGACUCGGAAGAAUACAAGAAACAGAAAAAAGAACUCGAAGAUGUCGUACAACCCAUCAUUGCCAAACUGUACCAGAACACAGGAGGAGCGCCGCCACCGACAUCUGCCGGCGACGAGGACGAACUAAAAGACGAGUUGUAAGGUGUCCAACGCGUCACAGAAACAAGACUGAUUUAAAAAACUUUCAUAGAAAAUCGGACUAAAUAUUUUGAGUUGUUCUCUCAGUGAAAAAAAGAAGAAAAAUAGUGAUGUGCGUGAUUGCGAGUGGUGUAUGAUGAUCUUUUUGUAUUACAGAGUUUUUUUUUUGUAUCAAAAUGUUAGAUUAUUUAUUUAUUUUUGAGCGUGAUCGAUGCAGAGGAGCUGGUUUCUCUGUGUCUUGAGGACUCUGUCUGUUGUACUUUUUAUUUUACAAUAAAACGGUACCUUUAAGUACAAGAUAAAGAUACA